AUGCCCGUUGCCAAUGCCGCAUCUAGAACGCGUCAAAAUAUCCAGGAUGUUACUGCCGCUUACACUAUAGAUGAAGCGAUGUGCAAGUGUUCACGACUUUUUUUUUCGGCGUUAAUAUACGUUGUGCAUUUUUGGUGCCGAUACAGCAGAGAAGCCCAUCCCACGCAUGAUUGGGGGACGCUUGCCGGUCUGGCAUCAGGCCGAGAUCUGAUUGGUGGAAAGACUGGACCCAACAGCCAAUCAUAA